UAAGUGACGAGGUCAGAGUUAUGUUGGUUUAAAAUGUGUAAUCUGUGAUAAGAAAAUCAUGGUGAUUUCUUCUGAUACUGUUGUCAAUAAAGGAACAAAUGUGAAUUCAAAUGAUUUUUGGAGCCAUGCUAGCAAGAGCUUACGAGAUAACAUCCAUUUUCACCACUUUACUUAUGCAUAAAUAGUGAAGCAGAACAUCUCGUAAAUCAACAUCAUAUGCAUCUGACACUACAGCAACAUACAGUGCGAAGAAGUCGACUGAUGACAUUAAUUUGAACAGCAGCAUAACGGUGCUUCCCUCUGCGGAAUGAAUGAAUGAUCUUUAUAGUUCCAGCUACAAAUUCUAUGUAUAGAAAAUAUCUGGAUGCCCAGAAAAGAAUGGUGCGAUAGUGAUUUGGGGGGAAAAAAACCCAUCAGAACUUGGAAUCGUAUAGCUUUUUCGAUUCCAAACUCUAGCCAUCAAAAUACAUUGCGCUUUAUUCGGGGAAGAUAUUCUCUUAAGAUGACAUUCAAGGACGUGAUAUUGACAAUCGGAUAUUUAAUCUACACAGACAUAGUUUUGACUAAAAUGAUACAGUGGAUGGCAUCCGGAAUCUUCAGCAAGUGCAUAUUUGAAUUAGGAGUAAUGAAGUAUUGGAAGGAGAUCCAACAUACGCAGUUUAUAAUAUUAGACCAAACCCAAAAUGCUUGUAUUGUACCAAAAUAUUAUCAAUGAUCUAUAUAGUGGAUAUGUGAAUACAUGUGUGAUUAGCGAUAUUUUAGGAUAUCAAUACAUGUUUUAUUCUUCUAUUUUUAAGGUGUAGAAUAUUUAUAU